UCCACUAGUAGCUUCGAUGCUCGAACCCAAUGAUGAGUUUCAGGUAUCUGUAACCGGUAACCAGCAGCAUCUACUGCCAUGUGGUGAUGCCACACAAACAUGUGCGGUGCACAAUUCGUAACUCCUAGGAGUUGAUGUCUUCCAUGAGAGGCACAUGGAAGUUCGGCAGUUGCAUUGUUUGGCUCCUUCUUGAAUCAUCAGAUUAGAACUUCAGAUUUUCUUGCUCCCUGAACUGUAUUAAGGAGAUCUCUCUUGAAAUCUGAGUAUCCAUCUACUACUUUUUCUUUCAAACAUGACAUUGCAAGAAAUGGGAAAUCCAGAUCAAAACACAGCGAUGGGUACAACUUUGGAUUGAAUUCUCUAGCUUCACUGAGCUUCUGCUCUCUGUGGACAUUUAAUGACAUGUCACAUAACCCAAAAGUUCUGAAUGUUCAGAAUCCUAAGCCCUGCCGACAGUUAAAUUUCGCUAGUACUACUAUCUCACUUGUUAGUCAUCAGGUCAAGGGCCUCACUGAGCUCAGAAUUUGAAUAACGGCAAGUGGAGUCCUACACUAAAAAGAUAUAGGGAGUGGGCUCGAUCCGAGAUAUCGUUGUUGGUUGGACGGCGGCGCUGGGAUCAUGAGCCAUGUGAUCACGUUGUUCGACGGGGAGCAACUGACAGUAUCUGCACUUCUGCUCCGGUGCUCCUCCCCUGGAAAAAUUCUAGGCGCGUCAAACACUAUAACGGUGGAGAUCUUCCCAUACUUGUUUGUAAGCGGGGGCACGAUCACAUUUUUAGCGUAGGUUCACCAUCCAUACAACCCUGUACAGGCCCGUAUGGUCCGUAUUGUGUUGUACCUCGUUUUUGUAUGUAUCUACGGUCACGUACGUGUGCCGAAAUAGAAAGAUUCUAUAAAGAUCUUACUCACGUGACCUCUUUUUUUUUCUUACGCGACGUACACAUACCGUAGCAAUACAGACGGGUAUACAUAUGCUGGAUAUGGAUUUCGGCGAGCCCAACACAGAAAAAAAAAAACCCAACUAUAACCUUUAACUUUGUUAGGGGGGAGCACCGGAGCAACCCUCCAGUAUCUGAGGCAAGCGAGGUUAGUUGCUAACUAACUUCUGAUCACGACCGGUCAAACGCCACACACAAAGAUGCAUCGCAGCUUCUGCAAAUCUGCUUCGAUUUUGGCAUCCCAUGCUCCGAGCUGAGGACCUAUAAAAGGGUGCACACAGCAUAGCUAUUCCUCCACAACUACGUUGGCAUUGCACAAGUAGUAGAGCAACAGAGGCCUUCAGUUCUUGACUUAUUGUAGUGUUUGUGACGCCAAAGAGCCAAAGAUCAAUGGCGAACGUGAGCAUCUCGAAGCCGGCUAAGGGCCUGACGCGCAAGAGGAGUUUCAAGCUCGGCCUGCCGCUGCUCUGCGGCCAGUCCGACGUGGCGAGCCCCGUCGCCCGGUCAUCGUCGUCGUCUUCCAGCAGGAGAUCGUCCGGCACCGGUAGCAGCGGCAGGAAGUCCGAGCUGCGCAGGAUCUUCCAGCACUUCGACAGGGACAACGACGGGAAGAUCUCGGGGGCCGAACUGAGCGCCUUCUUCGCGUCCAUGGGCGACGACCUGCAGGUGCCGCCGUCGUCCGGCGGGUACCUGCUGGACUUCGCCGGUUUCGUGGCGCUGAUGGAGAGAGGGGAGGGCAGCCAGGAGGAGGACCUGAAGAGGGCGUUCGAGGUGUUCAACGCCGUCGAGCCCGCCGGGAGGAUCACGGCCAGGGGGCUGCGCAGGGUGCUCGCCCAGCUCGGCGACGAGCGCUCCGUUGCCGACUGCGAGGCCAUGAUACGGGCAUACGACGUCGACGGCGACGGCGGCCUCGACUUCCACGAGUUCCAGAGGAUGAUGAGCUAGUUAACUAGCUCAGGCUGGCCACAGUGCCAGUAGUGGUUGUUCAUAACUCUGCAUCCAGAUGAGACCAUGCAGAUUGCUGUCUCAUUUUGUGUUGUUUGCUAGUGACACCGGUGUAUCACUACAUUACACUUGAUUUUUUUUCUCUUCUUCUUCAGUAUGUUGCCAUGUUGGCUUUACAGAAUUGACAAGUUUUUCCGAGAUUUUUCCUCUUCUUCAGUGUUUUCCAGAGCUUCGUCUCUGCAAGAUGACUGAAGACGUAGUGGAAUGGACAAGUUUCAUGUGAAACAUCUCAGUGUCAUGUACCGUUAGAAUUUGAAAUGGAAAGAAAAAUCUGGUUUUAUGAUC